AGAAAGAGGGUCAUGAUUCUCGAUUAUUCUGAGAGCUAAAUGAUGGAUAGGCGAUUUUGGACGUGAAGUUCUACUACCGACUUGGCUGUAAAAUUCUUCAAAGAUUACAGAGAUGGUUGAUGUGGACCUUUUAUUCCAUUAUGGAGGUGAUUGGAUUAGGGUGCCAGAAGUGGUAUAUUCAAGAAAAUUGGUACACAGCUGGAAACAGUAUGAUUCUGACCUUCUGUCUUUCAUAGAUAUAGUAGAUGAGUAUACUUCCAAGCUAAGAUAUGUUGGUGUUCAACAACUAAUAAUAUAUUUUCUUUCUGGUAAAUAUUAUGAAGUAGAUGGGGAUGUUGGUAUUAAGACUUUACAGUCUUUUAUUUCUGACCAAUUCAACAUCAUUAAUCUAUUUGCUGUUGAGGAUAGUGAAAUGGGUGUUAAUGUUCCUAAUAUUGUUGACCACACUGAAUCAUCCACAGUAGAUAAUCAGGCUGCUACUGAUUGUAGUUCAAAUAAAAAUGAAGAUGAUAGUUGCCAGUCAGAUUAUGAUUCUGAAGAUUUAGAGACACUUGCGCUACAAAAUAAAAGAAAUUUGUGAUAGGUUGACUAACUACAAGGAACUAUAUAAGGGAAUGUCA